CCCGCGGCGGCCCCGCCCCGCUCCCGGCUGCCUUACUCCCGCGCUCGCCGGCACCCGAGUCCCCACCCGCGCUCGCCUGCACCCCAGUCCGCCCGUGGUGGGUCGCGAUCGCAGCGGCAACAUGUUGGGCAUGAUCAAGAACUCGCUGUUCGGGAGCGUGGAGACGUGGCCGUGGCAGGUCCUCAGCACCGGGGGCAAGGAAGACGUCUCCUAUGAGGAAAGGGCCUGUGAAGGAGGGAAGUUCGCCACCGUGGAAGUGACAGAUAAGCCUGUGGACGAGGCUCUCCGGGAAGCAAUGCCCAAGGUCAUGAAGUAUGUGGGGGGCACCAACGACAAGGGAACCGGGAUGGGAAUGACUGUCCCUAUCUCCUUCGCCGUGUUCCCCAAUGAAGAUGGCUCCCUGCAGAAGAAAUUAAAGGUCUGGUUCCGGAUCCCGAACCAAUUUCAGAGCGACCCACCCGUUCCCAGCGACACAAGCGUCAAGAUUGAGGAGCGGGAGAGCAUCACCGUCUACUCCACGCAGUUUGGUGGCUACGCCAAGGAAGCAGACUACAUAACUCAGGCCAGGCAGCUGCGUGCUGCCCUGGAGGGAACAGCCACCUACCGGGGCGACGUCUACUUCUGCACCGGAUAUGACCCUCCCAUGAAGCCAUACGGACGUCGCAAUGAAAUCUGGCUGCUGAAGACAUGAGUGACUCAUGGAGCCAGGGGCCUCCCAGAAGUGGGCCUCAGUGUCCCUGCACACGGGGUCCGCAAGGGGGCAGGACUUCUCAAGUUCCAGCUUUCCAAGUCCGUCACUGCUGGGUUUUCUGACAUAAGCAUGUUACGUACCCCAAGGGUCUUUCCCUCAUGUUGGGAAGUAAUACAGCCAAGCUCGGCAGCAUCACUCUCAUUGAUUUAGAAAAUCCUGUGACAGAUCAGAAAAAAAACCCAACAGUAUUUUUCUCACCCAUCUGGGUUGCUGAAAACUGAUCUUUUUUAAGUGAUCAAAUUUGUAUUUUGUUAGUGAGGGAUUAUGUGAUUUAUGGAGUCUUUCAUCGGUGAUUCUUAUAAAAGUUCUGUCUAAAAGAAAUCAGAAAUAAAAAUCUUUGACUUAAGCACCUGA